AUGGAACAAACCCGAGCAAUCAACGCGCUGGCACCUUUCCUCGCUCUGUCCAAGUCGGCCACUUCAGCUCGCGCAGCCGCUGAUCUGGUCACCCAAGCUACCUCGGCCGCUCACACAUAUGUCUUUGGCGAGCUUCUUCAGACACCAAACAUGCAGAACCUACGCAACGAUGCUCAAUACCGCAACUACUACACACUGCUCGAACUGUUCGCAUGGGGCACAUGGGCCGAAUACCAAGGUACGUUUUCUUCUCUGGUGAUCUUCGACACACAGCAGCGACUAACUCUACAAACAGCCCUCGCAUCAACACUGCCUCCACUGUCACCAGCCCAAGAACACAAGUUGCGCCUACUCACCCUGCUCACUCUCGCUGCAACCACCACAAACAACAACCCACUCACAUACACAAACCUCCAAUCCGCACUGUCGCUAGACUCGCCACUGGCCCUUGAACGCCUGGUCACAGAUGCCAUUUACGCAGACUUGCUCACCGCCACCCUGAACCCCGCUCAAGGCAUCGUUGCCAUCAGCAGUGUAGCCGCCCUCCGCGAUCUCAACCCAGGCAGUGUGACACGUAUGAUGGCUUCACUGGAUGCUUGGAGCGGUCGAUGCGAUGACGUGCUCAAGGAGCUUGAAGUCCAGAUGAAGAGUGUCAUGGAAGCUGCAGAGAGAAGAACAAACGAAGAAGCCAUGCGUGCAGAGCAAGUGCACAAGGCCGAGGCUGUUAGCAAGAAAAAUGAAGAUGCUGGAGACGAUGCUAUGGAGGUAGACGACGCCGGUCAGAAGCUGGGAGGAGGCAAGAAGAGAGGUCUCGGUGGUCUGGGCUUGAGAAAGAGAUAG